GAUGUUGCAUUAUAUUCACACUUUUCAAUCGAACGCUUCUCCAGCCAAACGGAAGUAAUUUGCAAACUUGCUGAAAAAUGUGGUCCGACUUUGCGACCAACGUCUUCCACGUCCUCCUUCGCGUUGGUCUUCACCAAUAUCAGCCAAAUGGCCAGUUGGGACAAUAUUCCUCCAACCCGACUGGACAAAUCCACUACACACCUGUAAUUGUUCCACGCGACGUGGUGGCGAAGUUACCCUCACUAUCACCCGAAGACUAUGGUGAGGAACGACGUCAUACUCACGUCCUCCAUGAAGGAUCUUCCGGUCUUCCACUUGGUUCCUUGAUUCCCUUCGGCCUGGGCAAAGGGGACGCCAUCCUGGCCAAAGUCGACGACGCCUUUGCCCCCAUCGCCCUCACGAAGGGGGACCCCUUCACCUUCUCCAACGUGACGUACUCCUCCCUCUUCCUGAACACGAAUGGAGGCAUCUCUUUUAAGAAAGGUAUCGCAACCUACAUCCCGUCUUGUAGUCCGGCCCCUGUCCCGAUGAUUACGCCGUUUUGGGCCGACCCUGACACGAGUUUAGGCGGGAAUAUUACUUAUCGCGAAGCCGCCGAUUCCGCCACGCUUGGAAAGGUUGACGCCUUCCUGCAAAAAGGGUUCCCCGGACAGACGACAGGACUCAAGUGGGCCUUCAUCAUGACCAUGGCAGACCUACCCUUUUGCCAUGCCGGGGCGCCCACGGAUUCCUGCCCAGGACUUGCCUUGAGAAACACGUUCCAAACCGUGUUGGCCAGAGGGAAGACGGAAUCGUAUGUGAUCUUCUUGUAUAAAAAGAUCCAGUGGACGGCAGCCCCCACGUACGCGUACGGUGACGGAGGAGAUGCUUGCACAGGACUCGGCGGCAAACAUCCUCCCGUUGCCGGAUUCGAUGCCGCGGAUGGCAAAACGCGCUUCCAACUGCCCACCUCCUGUUCCAAUGACGCCUUAAAAAUCGCCUCCACGACCAACAUUAAUCUUCCUGGCGCCUGGGUUUUCCGCGUCACUUCCGGCGCAGUGACACCUUGUGACGUCCAAUGUCUGCACAACGGUGACCUCCUGGCUGACCCGUACGACUGCAUGUCGUACUACCAGUGCUCCAACGGGACCCCGAUCAAGCACGUCUGCCCCUUCUACAAACCCGGAGAAAGGCUCGUUUUCAACCCUUUCAAGCAGGUUUGCGUCUGGAAAGGCGAGUACGCCUGCGAACCAAUCUGCACCAAAAAUUGAGAUGCGAUUCCACUUUAUGAAAUUAUUAUUCAGAUAAAUAAUUUAGAAAUUUGGCAGCUUAAUUAUUAAAUGUGUCCAAAUUUGGAAAACAAUAAUUUAAAAAA